CGCCUCUUCAACUCCAACUAUUUCACCAAAACCAGAAAUCGAAGGGGCGUUACCAUUCUAAAAUGCACCGCGUGCGUAACUAGUGCUCGCCUUCGAUCUUUUCGUUGGAAUUACGCUGAGAAAAAAAGAAUCAAAUGGCAAAUUGGAUCUCCUCGAAGCUCAAAGCCGCUGAAACAAUCCUUCAACAGAUCGAUCAGCAAGCGGCGGAGUCGCUUGGGAAGACUGAGAGGUCUGGAUCGGAUGAGUUGAAGUUAGAUACUUCAACGAAAUCGAGUGGUGUUGUUUCUUUAAAGGAUCAGCUAAAGAAGAAAACGCAGAACAACAAUGAUUACCAAGGGAAAUUAGAUAGUGAUUCUAAUGUUAACUCUGUUCAUAGUAAUAAUAGUUAUGUGAAUACUCAAAGUCGGGAGAAAGAGAUUGCUAGUUCUCCAAAUUCUUCACCUACACCGAAACCUAAGGCUACUCUUACGGAUAGUGAUUGGACUGAACUCCUUGGUACAUCUAAUCAGGGAACAAGCCCCUCAGGGAAGCGGAACAAUGUGGUGUCUGUGAUUCGUGGGUUGAGGAAAGAUGGUAAGAGGCCAGGGAGUUCAGUGCUGGAGGCAAAGAGGAAUCAGAAGAGUAGUAGUAAUGCGGUUAAGUAUGUUAGGAGGUCCGACAUUGCAUUGGGAACUAAGUUAAUUGGGAAGCCAAGUGAUGGUGAAGAGUCUAGCUCUUCCGGGAGGCCUUCAAGUGUUGAUAUGCAGAAUGAUGGUAAGAACUCAGAAGGGCUAGCAUUGGAUAAAGUCUCAGUCACAAACCUUUCAGGAGAAAGAAAAGAUGAGAUGGUUGAAGAAAAUGGUGGAUCAAAUUCUAAAGACCUAUUAUUGGAUGGUCUUUCAUUGUCUCUAAGCAAGAAUCACUCUUUGGAAAAGCUGGCAGGAAUGGGAAAAGUUGCUGGAGCAUCUGAUGGGAAGACAGAGGUGGCUGAUGCAUGUAAUAAGCUAAGAAGUUCUGUAAAAGAGAAAACCAAGUCCAAUGUUGCAGUCACUAUGGCAGUUGCUAAUGAUUUAAAAAGAAGCUCUUCUUUUACAAGUAAUGGAAGCUCUGAUUCCAAUACAGAUUCUGGUUCAACAUCUGACUCUGAAAGCGAGCGUGAGAGGGAGGAAAGGAGGAGGAGGAGGGAGAGGCUUCUAGCUGAGAGAGCAGCAGCUAAAGCUGGGGAGGCCAUCAAAGAACGCGAGAAUAUUGUUGCCAGAUUGGAGGGGGAGAAGCAGAGUUUAGAGAAAAUACUUGAGGAACGAGCCAAACAACAGGCACAGGAGGCUUCGGAGCUGCAGACAACUAUGAUGGAAAUGAUGGAAGCUGUUGAAUUAGAAAAACAGAAACAUAAUAAUACUCGAAUGGAAGCCCUCCAACUAUUGGCUAAACUAGAGGUGCUGGAACAUGUUUCAGAUGACUAUUUCACAAUUUUAGGCUAAAUUCCACUUUUGUUGCCCGUCUUAAUGACCUUUAUUACUUGUGUGCCUGUGUUUAAAAGGUUCACAGCGCACCUAUUGUUCACAUUGUUUCCUUCUGUGCAUGACACCUGUUAAUUAAUUUGAAAUGCUAGU